AUGCAGCCACAGACAGGCAGCCCACAUGAGCUGGAGAUGUGGAGCGGUCAACAAGCAGCAGUGGAGACCGAACGGAAGACUGCAAUCUACAGGCCCACCAGGCAGAAGGAGACCAGGAGUGACGUCGAAUUCUUGGAAUGUGGCGAUAGCUGCCAUGCUGGAGUCACCGACUGCAUCAACACAGCUCCCAGCACAAGUUAUAUUGGAGCGGCAAAAAGUAGCAACAUCGACAGCCUGCUUAUUGUUUCCAUAAGUGGUUAUUUGUUUUACGAGUCAUUUUUCCAUAGAUUCAGUCCUGAGUGUGGAUGCCUGUCAUGCACCAGUGUACUGUGGUGUAUCACCUUCCUGGGCUGUGGAGUCAACUACAUGAUCAGGAGCAACAUAAACAUCGCUAUAGUCUCCAUGGUGAAGAAACGAUCGUCAGACGGGAGUGCAGUGGUCAGCGAAUGCUUCCACUCGGAUAUCAACAUAACCAGAAACUACACCCUCAACGAGAGCCUUCCUCAAGUAGAACCGAUUGAUGACGAUAACGAGCUCAGAUUUGACUGGGACGAACAUGAGCAAAACGUUGUCCUGGGAGCAUUUUUCUGGUUCUACUGGGCAGCGCAGUUACCUGGAGGAAUGAUGGGGCGGCAUUAUGGCACAAAGAAAGUGUUUGGCAUCAGUAAUCUUAUGAUUUCCGUUACAACACUGCUAAUACCACUUUUUGCAUCACUUGACUACAGGGUCCUGGUAGCCCUCAGGAUUUUCCAAGGAAUUUGUGGGGGUUUCUGCUGGCCAUCCCUUACCUACAUGAUCUCGAGAUGGAUACCAACCAACGAAAGAGGGAAAUUUAUGAGCGCAAUCAUGGGUAGUUCUGUGGGUGCCGCAUUGACCUUCCCUCUCUGUGGGAUGAUCAUUCACUUUUUCAACUGGCAGGCAGUGUUUUAUGUAACUGGUACAAUUGGAAUAAUAUGGUUCGUCGGCUGGUGGUUGCUUGUGUAUGACAAUCCAGCAGAUCAUCCCAGAAUUAGUGAGUCAGAGCUCAAACACAUCCAGAAUGGCAUUGGGGACAGUGUUUCUGAAAAGAAGCUUCCUAUUCCAUGGUGUAAAAUUCUUACAAGCUGGCCGCUCCUAGCGAACAUAAUGCUUGCAUGGGGAUGUAUAUGGGGAAUGUUCACUCUUUUAACUCAAGCACCUACAUAUUUCCGCAAUGUUCAUGGAUGGAGUGUGCAGAAGGGAGCUAUUUCUUUGUAUUUACCUUUCUUACAUUAUCUGUUGCCAGUGAAUACUCUGCAAGGCAUCUUCAUGCUGGGGUUGGCCUUCUCUGGCUGUAACUCAAUUAUGGCCACUAUCUGUCUCACAGCAGCUCUUGCCAUGAGUGGAGCUGAACCAAAUGGUGCUUUAGCUACGUACAUUGACCUCAGUCCAAAUUUCUCCAGUGUACUAAUGGGCAUUGGUAAUAUGGUUUGUGUGACUCCAGGAUUUUUAUCUGCUGCUCUUGUUGGUGUUUUGACAUACAAAAAUCAAUCAUCUGACCAGUGGAAGAAAGUUUUCCUUAUAUCAACAGGCAUCCUUUUAGUUCCUGGUUUGAUACACAUUCUCACAUCAUCAUCCAAAGUACAAGAGUGGAAUUUCCCAAAGUCUACGGCCAAAGAAAUGAAAGAAGGUCUCUCUGAAAAGGAUUUGGAAGCUCAGCAACGCCUCACAUCAGACCAUGAAACUGAAGAUCAUCAGGAUAAAGAAGAAGAAACGAAAUCAUAG